AUGUGCAGCUGUUGCCAGAACCACGAAUUGGAAAACAAUCAAGAAAAUGAAUUUUGGGUAGAACUGAAAAAUGACACAGGUUGGGGCAAGAAUCAGUUGCGUCCAUGCGAGGAGGAAGUAGUGAGUGACCUAAUCAGUCUCUUCUCUUACCGAAGUGCUUUCACUCCCCUGACCCCCGCAGAAGGGAGGACGCCCCCAUCGCCAGCGCUGGCAGUGACCCACCACACGGCUGUGUGGCAUUCACGUGGGCACUUUUAUUUUGUGGACGCAGCCCAGAGGUGUGAAGAGGCGUUCCCCUGGGGCCUGGGCAGUAUUACUCUUGAGAGGUUACGUAGGAUACAGUAUAUAUUCAUAGGAAGGCAGAGCCCCCCCUACUGCAUCCCAGUCAAUAAAGAUAAUAGGUUCUGCAUCUGGGGACACUCGCAGCGCACUGCACCCGGCCCAGCUUCUCUCAAAAGGUCUACCGUUCAUGAACUUCUCUGCAAGCUCAGCUUGGAGGGUGAUCACUCCACACCUCCAAGUGCAUAUGGGUCAGUCAAAGCGUACACGAACUUUGAUGCUGAGCGGGACGCUCUGAACAUUGAAACGGCCAUCAAGACUAAAAGUGUGGAUGAGGUCACCAUCGUUAACACUUUGACCAACCGCAGCAAUGAACAGAGACAGAAUAUUGCCUUCGCCUACCAGAGAAGGACCAAAAAGGAACUUGCAUAAGUACUGAAGGCAGCCUCGUCCAGCCACCUGGAGACAGUGAUUUUGGGCCUAUUGAAAACACCUGCUCAGUAUGACGCUUCUGAUCUGAAAGCCUCCGUGAGGGGGUUGGGGACCGAUGAGGACUCCCUCAUUGAGAUCAUCUGCUCAAGGACCAACCAGGAGCUACAGGAAAUCAACAGAGUCUACAAGGAAACGCACAAGACCGAUCUGGAGAAGUAUAUCAUUUCCAACACAUCUGGUGACUUCCGCAAGCUGAUGAUUGCCCUUGCAAAGGGUCAAAGAGCAGAGGAUGGCUAUGUCAUUGAUUAUGAACUGAUUGACCAAGAUGCCUGGGAUCUCUAUGAUGCUGGCAUGAAGAGGAGAGGAACUAAUGUUCCCAAGUGGAUCAGCGUCAUGACCGAGUGGAGCGUGUGCCACCUCCAGAAAGUGUUUGAAAGGUACAAGAGCUACAGCCCUUAUGACAUGCUGGAGAGCAUCAAGAAGGAGGUCAGAGGAGACCCAGAAAAUGCCUUCCUGAACCGAGUCCAGUGCAUUCAGACCAAGCCCCUGUAUUUUGCUGACAGACUGUACAACUCCAUGAAGGGCAAGGGCACUCACGAUAAGGUCCUCAUUAGAAUCAUGAUCUCCCACAGUGAAGUGGACAUGUUGAAAAUUAGAUCUGAAUUCAAGAAAAAGUAUGACAAGUCCCUGUACUAUUACAUUCAGCAAGACACCAAAGGCGACUACCAGAAAGCGCUGCUGUACCUGUGUGGUAGGGAUGACUGAAGCCCGCGAUGGCCCAAGGGUCCAGGAUGGCUGCUCCGCGCUCCCAGCUAACAGUUCUACACAAUCAGCUUGUGGCUAACAGUCCCCUUGUGCCCAUC